AUGAAGUUCUUGGAAGUCAUGAAAGGACUUCAAGUGCAUAUCCCUUUCCUCCAAGCCAUGUCUCAAAUGCCCACUUAUGCCAAGUUUCUUAAGGAGCUCCUCUCCAAUAAGACCAAGCUCGAGGAAAGUGCUACUAUUGCUUUGACCGCCGAAGUUAGUGUCGUACUUCAAAACAAGCUCCCCAAGAAGCUUGAAGAUCCGGGGUCAUUUUCUAUUCCUUUGAAGAUUGGGGACUUGGAGCCCAAGAGGGCCUUGGCGGAUUUGGGGGCGAGUGUGAGUUUGAUGCCCUUGUCCAUAGCUAAGCAACUUAAUUUUGAACUCAAGCCUACAAGGAGGGUCAUUCAACUCGCCGAUAGAUCGGUGAAGGUUCCUAUUGGAGAGUUGGAGGAUGUGCCGGUCCAAGUUGGAAGGGUCUUCAUCCCAUGUGACUUUGUGGUUAUGGAGAUGGAGGAAGACUCCCAAGUCCCUCUUAUACUUGGGAGGCCUUUCCUUAAAACGGUGGGGUUCUUGUUGAUAUGA